AUGUCGGGAAGUGGUGUGAUCCGUGGCCCGGCUGGAAACAAUGAUUGCCGCAUCUACGUGGGUAACUUACCUCCAGACAUCCGAACCAAGGACAUCGAGGACGUGUUCUACAAAUACGGCGCUAUCCGAGACAUCGACCUCAAGAAUCGUCGCGGAGGACCGCCCUUUGCCUUUGUUGAGUUCGAGGACCCAAGAGAUGCGGAAGACGCGGUGUAUGGUCGCGAUGGCUAUGAUUACGAUGGAUACCAUCUGCGGGUGGAGUUUCCUCGUACCGGCCGUGGUACAGGCCGGUGCUGUGGGACUGGAUGUGGCAGACCUUCACGAGGCCACUAUGGUCCCCCUUCUAGGCGGUCGGAACACAGAGUGAUUGUCACUGGACUGCCUCCAAGCGGAAGCUGGCAGGAUUUAAAGGAUCACAUGCGUGAAGCGGGUGAUGUAUGUUAUGCUGAUGUUUACCGAGAUGGCACUGGUGUCGUGGAGUUUGUACGGAAAGAAGAUAUGACCUAUGCAGUUCGAAAACUGGAUAAUACCAAGUUUAAAUCUCAUGAGGGAGAAACUGCCUAUAUCCGGGUGAGAAUUGAUGGGCCCAGAAGCCCAAGUUAUGGAAGAUCUCGAUCUCGAAGCCGUAGUGGCAGCAGGAGCCGUAGCAGGAGCAUCAGCAAGAGUCGCAGUUGUUCCCCAAAGAAAAGCGGAGAAUCACCACGCUAUUCUUCCCGUCAUAGCAGGUCUCGCUCUCACAUAUCUGAAGAGAUGGAUUGA